AUGCCAAUGCAUCUGCGCCAUCGGCUCAUCACGCGGGACCACAGGCAUGCUGGAUCUGCGCCUCGUGGCCUGGUGCUAUGCGGCUCGAAGAGGCAGGCCGGUUCAGUGUGGCUCAUAACAAAGCUUUUGUGGCCGCAGUCGGCCAUGGGUGACAGGCAUUCGUUCAGUCAUGCGAACGUCGCGGGCCCCAGCUCCUCCCAGCUGGAGGACAUCCGCGCGAGCAUCACCGAGAACGCGGGCCAGAUCGCGGCAUGCGCUGAGCGCAUCGUGGCGGCCAUUGUCCCGGCUGCGAGUGAGCGGUCAGUCUCUGAGGACCGGAACUUCCCGGAAACUUAG